GAGAACUCGGGAAGCUAUCGCUCCUAGCUUCGACGACUGGUUGGAUCGCAGUGCCGGCUUCCUUACAUAUAGGAUUACACAAUUCCUGACAGGUCACGGAUGCUUCGGCACCUACCUGAAUAGAAUCGGUAAGGAGGAUUCCCCGAUAUGCCGGUACUGUGAUUCGGAGGAGGACACGCCGGAGCAUACCUUGGAGGUGUGUCACUUUUGGGCCUUGGAACGUGGCGAGCUCACCGCUGUUAUUGGACAGGACCUCUCUCUGAGAAACAUCAUCGCAAGAAUUUGUAACUCUAAAGAACGUUGGAACGCGUUCUCGGUUUUCGUCGAACGGGUUCUCCAGCGUAAGGAGGAGGACGAGCGAAGGAGACAGCAGCAAGCCCUUGAUCAGGGAUAG